GCUCUGUUUAUAUAAGCUUGCUGGGCCGCUGAACGAGCAGUUUGAGUUUUUUCCAGACCUUGGAGGGUUUUAUUUACCCAGAAGUUGUCAAAUGGGCCCCGUCGCCUAGCGUUUCCUUCUCCCAGCCUCGCUGACCAACCAUCACGCACGAAAGGUUUCCAUCCAGUAACGUGCACAGCAACCAACAGUGGUAGAAUGGCUUCCAUUCCAUCAGGGGGUUCCCUCGUGGCCACGAAUGACUACUACCGAAGGCGCAUCGGCUCCACCUCCAGCAACAGCUCUUGUGGCAGUUCAGAAUACAUCGGUGAAGUCAUCCCUCACCACCCAGGAUUGCCUAGACAGGACUCUGGGCACUGGUGGUCCAGCUUCUUCUUUGGGAAGCAGAUGGGGAUGUCCCCUGUGACUGAGGAGGUGCAGCAAAAGGCGGGGGUCUCAGGUGUGGUAACAAACGGUCAGAUCACCUGCGUUGCCAAGGAGAUGGUGAUGCAGCGUCAGGUGAGCGAGAGCAGCGACGCAGGAAGUCCACAUCAUCCUGACUACUCGCACAAACCCCAGGAGAAUUGAAACAACAACCAACGCUAGGUGACGGGAGGAUGUCCUGUUAACUUUGUUUUUUAAUUUUGUGUAUAUAUGGUAGAAUAGGCUGCUUUUUUUUUGUUAUUGUUUUAUAUUGACCCCUCCUCCCCCCAAAAAACCUAAAAUAUAAAAAGCAACAAAUUACUUUUUUAAAUCUACAUUUGUAUGGUUUAUUGUUUGUAGUUUUGUGGUGUAAUCACAUCUACAUUCCCUUUGUUGAAAUCUUUUCACUUUGUCACCCUGUGACUGUAAUAAAUUAGACUGUUGCAGCCU